AUGGAGGCUUCAGGCUUGAGAGACACUUUGCAGGGGGAGCAGAGCGUGCCCCCGGAUCGCAGCGAAGGUCCUGCAGCAGAGCAGCAGCAGCAGCAGCAGCAGCAGCAGCAGCAGCAGCAGCAGCAGCAGCAGUUGCUGUUGCUGUUGCCGCAGGUUGAGCAGCUGGAAUCACAACAAAGGAAUAAACAACUACAGCAGCAGCAGCAGCAGCUUCAGCGUAAGCCCCUGCAGCAAGAGCAGCAAGGCAUCCAGGAGACACCGGCGGCUCAGCCCCCUCAACAGCAGCAGCAGCAGCAGCAGGAACAGCAACAGCAGCAGGAGCAACAAGAAGAGCAGCAGCAGGAGGAGGAGGGGGCAGAUGGGUCUCCUCCUCUUAACGAGGCUUCUGAUAAACUUACGCAGCACCUGCUGCGUCUCCAUCGGUUGCUGCUGUCAGGGAGGUGUGACACGAAGAUGCAGCAGCUAAUUGAUGCUGCUGCUGCUGCUGUUGCUGCUGUUGCUGGGGCGCAUCCGGAGGCCUCCAAAGCACUUCUUCCGGGUGGGAGCGACAGCGGCAGCAACUUCCCUUUCAGCGACAGCAGCACACAGCAGUGCAGCAGCAGCAGCAGCAACAGCAACAGCAGCAGCAGCAGCAGCGGGGGAGACAGGCACCAUACAGCGUUUUGUUCGUCUCUAGACGAACCUUUUCUAGGCAUGAGUUUGCCUUCCUAUAGAGACGGGAAUGGCUUAUGCAGCAGCCAGCAGCAGCAGCAGCAGCAGCAGCAGCAGCAACAGCAGCAGCAGCAGCAGCAGCAGCAGGGCCCUGUACCGCACUGGCAGAGGCCCAUAGCUCGGCCUGACUGCAUGCAGCCUCUUGCUGGAGACACUGUGUCUCCGCCUGUGGGGGCUGCUGUCUCUUCAACACCGCUAGGUUUUUCUUUAGGUGAAGCUGGUGCUGCUAGAUCGGGGUCUCCUUGCUUCAGCAGCAGCAGCAGCAGCAGCAGCAGCAGCGCUUCUCUUUUCUUCGAUGGAGACAGCGGAGUGUGGGGCUAUACCUGCCCUCCUAUAGAUGAGGCCUGGGGGUCUUCGUUUGCUAUGAGGGCCCACAACUCAACUGUACAAGAGCUGCAGCAUAGCAGCAGCGGCUUGCUGUCUCCUGCUGCUGGGGGUGCGUUCUGUAGCUUUGGGGGUGGAGGGGGCCCUCGUGGGUUUGAGAAGAGACUGUCUCCAGCUUAUCCUAGCAGCAGCAGCAGCAGCAGCAGCAACACAGCAGCAGGGACCCGAGGAGAGACAUCUGUCUCCGGCUCUGUAUGUGUGUCUCCUCGUUAUCGUCUUAGUCCUAUGGUGCUGCAUGCGUAUCAGCGUAGGGGCCCUAUGGGGGGCCCCCCAGUGCUGCUGCAGGGGCCCCCUAGGGCCCCUACAGACUUCAAUCCUUACAGGCAAGACAUUGUUAGAGGUGUAGGUGUGGGGCCCUCUAUGCAGCUGGGGCCUCGUAGCCCAAGGCACAGUGUGGGGGCCCCUAAGGGGCCCCCUGCCUUCAGCAGGGGUGCUUUAGGAGGGGCCCCUGAAGGCCUGCUGGAUCCGCAGCAGCCUCAGCAGCAGCAGCAGCAGCAGCAGCAACAGCAGCAGCAGCAGCAGCAGCAGCGGCGUGUGAGCGGGGGCUGUGUCUCUUCUCGUUCAGGGCCCCGGGGCAAGCAAGUUUUUUAUUAUUGUCCCUCUUGUUUAGAGGCCUUCCCUGCGUCUGCUCUCUCUCUUUUUGCUGCACAUGUCUCUCAGAGGGGUCAUCUAGUGCAGCAGCUGCAGCGCCUAAGGGGCCCUGAUGGAUACUUUCAGUGUCCGAAGUGUACAUGCAAGGGCAGCGACUUGCUGGGGCUGCUGCGGCACUGGCAUGAGGGUGGGGCUGCUCAUCACGGGCAGAAGAUAUUAAAGCAUAUUAGGACAAAGGAUAUACCUUUAGGCUUCCCUACUCUAGAGCCCCUUCAUAUCCAGCAGCAGCAGCAGCAGGUCCAGCAGCAGCAGCAGGUCCAGCAGCAGCAGCAGCAGGUCCAGCAGCAGCAGCAGCAGGUCCAGCAGCAGCAGGUCCAGGUGCAGCAGCAGCAGGUCCAGGUGCAGCAGCAGCAGGUCCAGGUGCAGCAGCAGCUGCACCUGCAGCACCAUAUGCAGAGACAGCAGCAGCAGCAGCAGCAGCAGCAGCAGCAGCAGCAGCAAAGCUGCCACCCACAGAUCCAUACAAGGGACCCUAUUCAUCAGACCCCACCGCCUUUAGAGGCGCAGCUCAAACUCUUAAGUUCUCUCGCCUCUACAACGCAGGCAGCCCUCAGCAGGCAAACCCUGCAGCAGCAGCAGCAGCAACCGCAGCAGCAGCAGCAGGCAAUGCAGCUGCAACAGCAGCAACAGCCACUGCAGCACCAUCAUCAUCAUCAUCAUCAUUCCCCUCAACGGCCACCACAGCCGCAGCAGCAGGCACAGCAGCAGCCACAGCAGCAGCAACAGCAGCAUCCGCAGCAGCAGCAGCAGGAGAUGCAGCAGCAGCAGGAGAUGCAGCAGCAGGUGCAGCAGCUGCCACCUGCUGCUAAGAGCGCAAUGUCUGGGCAAUAUAGAGGGGACAUACCUCCUCUACCUAGCCCCACCCGCAGUGUGGGUGAGGGGCCCCCUGUGGGGCCCUGUGGGGGCCCCAAGAGCGGGGCCCCCUUUGUCUCCGUUCAGCAGAAGGAGAGUUCAAGAGACUUUAAUAAAACUGCAGCAGCCGCCAGCCAGAGAAGCAGCGCCCUCAGCAGCAGCACAAGUGAGGAGACACUGCAGCAGAGAGACAAUCAUUUUGCCCACCAUCUCCAACAGCAGCAGCAGCAGGAACAGCAGCAGCAGCAGCAGCAGAAGCAGCAGGAGCAGCAAGCUCCGCAGGCUAUACCUGCAGAAGAUGUGCUGCAUGGUGUUAAUCCGCUCGUUCUUUCUUUAUCUGCUGCUGGGCCUGGGGGGCCCCGAAGCAGCACUUUAAUUGGGGGGGGGCCCCAUAAAGCAGCAGCAGCAGCAGCAGCAGCAACUGCAACACCCCACAGCGGCAACUUCGUGUGGGGCGGAGGGCUGCUGCAGCAAAGGCCAGGCCAGAGGCACCUUCCUCAGCAGCAACAGCAGCAGCAGCAGGGUGAGCAGCACCACCAGCCCUCGUUUACCUUUUCUGCUGUUGACUUCCCUUCUCUAAAGCCUAAGCCCCACAUAAGUCUGAAGCAGCAGCAGCAGCAGCAGCAGCAGCAACAGCAGCUGCUGCUGCUGCAGCAGGAUGAGCAGCAGCAUCAAGGCCAGGGAGAAGCAGCUAAUGGCUGCCUCCAGAGCACUCCUCUUUCUUUCGGGGCUCUGCUGCAGGGACGGUGGGCAGCAGAGCAAAGCCCUUUGCUGCUCGGAGCAGCAACACCGCAGCAGCAGCAGCAGCAGCAACCGCAACAGCAGCAGGGGCCAGGCCAGAAGCACCAGUAG